GGAAAAGGUGUAUGGCUGGCGCAGAGACGAGGGCCAAGGCUCUUGAGGCGCUCUCGGGUCUGUACUCGCGCUUUCAGCAGACUGCCGACGCACUCAAGGAGAGCACUGAGGCGGCUGCCGCCGUGAGUGAGAAGGACAUGGGCAAGGCCAAGGACAAGGAGGAGGGUGGUGACAAGAAGGAGGCUGAUGCUGACGCGGGUACUUACUGUACGGAUGCAUGUGAACUGUAGCUGGACGGUCUGCUGCAUUUGUUUUGUCUACUCUGCUGGCUGAGUGGCUCCAUUGAGUGUGUCAGGUCCUCCGAAGCGUCAGAAGGUGCGUGAGGCCGGCCUGGGGCUGGGCAUAGGGCGUUUCGGGUUCAAGGAGCCCACCAAGGAGCAGGUACUUCAUAUGCACUGCACUUGCACGCAGACGGACGCAUAUAUAUAUAUCCUACAUGUGAUGUCAUGUCAUGUGUCCGUGUGUGUGUGUGUGAUGUGUGUGUGGUUAGUUGCGCGAAAUGUUGAUCAAGGAGGAGAAGCUCCGUUGGCACCUGGUAAGGGAUAUCUAACUCCCCUUUCUUUCUUCAUUUUUCAAUUCUUCUCAAUUUCUCUUCUCAUUUUGCUUAUGUCUGCGCACAUUCUCUGUUCCUCUUUUUUCUCUGCCGCGGAUUGAAAGGCCACGCACGAGCGCAUGAAAAACGCCCGUGAGUGGCUCGAUGUGGCAGAGGAAAUCCAGAUACAGGCAAGUGAUGUGCAGCUGGGUGGGGGGGAGAUGGCGCGAAUGCACUUGUUUUGAGUCGCGUCGUGUGUGGGAUGGAUGGAUGGAUGGUUGGGUGAGGUGUGUGCAGAUAGUGAACGAGUACGGGUACGUUGGCAAGGUGAACGAGUCCUACGCGGCGCACCUGCUGCGCACCGCCCACGUCAAGUACCCCGACCUCAAGAGCAUCUCGGUCUACGCGCGGGAGAACAUCGCUCGCGACGGAGAGCUCAAGGCAACCACCAACGAACCAACCAACCAACCAACGACCACACACACACACAGGAGAUUUAUGUGUGGUGGGUGUUUGGUGCAGGAGGGGCAGACAGCCCCGGAUGUGCCUUUGCUGGACCCUGCGGGUGCGCCCUGUCGUUUGUCGGAGCUGAUCAAGGCCACGCAGCAGCGGGAGGGGGGCGGGGGGCCGCUCCCUUUCACACUCAUCGUCGCCGGCUCGCACACCUGACCCCCGUUCCGG